AUGGGGUACUGGGACCACAGGGGUCACUGGGAUCACUGGGAUUGGGUACUGGGACCACAGGGGUCACUGGGAUCACUGGGAUGGGGUACUGGGACCACAGGGGUCACUGGGAUCACUGGGAUUGGGUACUGGGACCACAGGGGUCACUGGGAUGACUGGGAUCGGGCACGGGGUUCAUUGGGAUCAGGUAAUGGAAUCACUGGGAUCACUGGGAUUGCGUACUGGGAUCAUUGGCAUCACAAGGAUCACAGGGAUCGUUUGGAUCAUGUAAUGGGAUCACUGGGAUCACAGGAUCAUUGGGAUUGGGUACCAGGGUCAUUGGGAUCACUGGGCUCACAGGGAUCACUGGGAUCACUGCAAUUGGAUGGUGGGAUCAUUGGGAUCAGGCACAGGGAUCGUGGGGAUCAGGUACAAGGAUCACUGGGUUCACAGGGAUCAUUGGAAUUGGGUACCAGGGUAAUUGGGAUCACAAGGAUCAUUGGGAUUACUGGGAUUACUGGGAUCCCAUUAUCAGAAUCCCAGGGAUCACAGAGAUCAGGUGCUGGGAUGACAGAGAUCAUUGGGAUUGGGUACCAGGAUGACUGGGAUCACUGGGAUCACUGGGAUCAGGUACUGGGAUCACUGGGAUCAUUGGGAUUGGGUGCCAGGAUAAUUAGGAUCACAAGGAUUACAUGGAACACUGGGAUCAGGUACUGGGAUCACAGAGGUCGUUGGGAUCAGGUACUGGGAUCAUUGGGAUCACUGGAAUCACAGGGAUCAUUGGGAUUGGGUACAAGGAUCACAGAGAUCAUUGGGAUUGGGUACCAGGAUGACUGGGAUCACUGGGAUCACUGGGAUCAGGUACUGGGAUCACAGAGGUCAUUGGAAUUGGGUACUGGGAUCACAGGAAUCCCUGGAAUCACAGAGAUCAUUGGGAUCUGGUACUGGGAUCACUGGGAUCACAGGGAUCUCUGGGAUCAUGGGUUCCUCCCUCUGGAGCUGCUGCGAUGCCGGACAUCGAUUUCCCUCCCCAGCGUGACGCUGCUGGGAUUGCAGAUAUUCCAUGGAAAAUAAAAGAUUUGCAUCUUGCCGCCUCAAAAA